UGAUAAGUAAGAGGUUUUUUUUUGCCUGUCGGAGUCCCAUUCCUCGGUCAAGUUUAGUGCGUUGUACUCCUCCCGGACCCGAUGGACAGUUCUUAUUGGUAGGUACGAACCGUUACAUCACCAAGCUUAUGACGCGCCGUCUUCCUGUUUCCUUCAGCUGUGUCUUAAAGUGAAUCUUGUUGGUGGAGGAGAGCUCGAGCAUCAAAGCUCUGCAUCGCGUGCGCCUCGGAGACACACACUCACACCAGCUGCUACGACAUCACCGCCACAGUCUUUCAGUCUCGAGAGGAGAGGAUAGAGGAGAGCGGCGGAAAAUAGCUAUUUUAUGUCUUUUUUUCUGUUCUACGCGCACGCUUAUCACUCACUUUACUCUUGCUCUUCCUUCCCCGAGCAAUUAUAAUAUUCAACGUCUCCCGGGGGAAGACUGCAUAUUCACUUUCAGCAGUAAAAAGGAGCUCGCUUUUCUCUUCAUCUGCGGGGUGUCAUUCAGCAGCGGUCCUAGAGGAGUGGCUUUGUGGGAUAUGGCCCAAUAGCAGCAGCCCGUGAUGCCGGACCAUGACAGCGACUCCCUCCUGAGCAGACAGACCAAGAGAAGACGUGUGGACAUCGGUGUGAAGAGGACAGUGGGCAGCACCGCCGCCAACACAGCAGUAGCUACAACCAGCGCCGACAUCGCCUGCGCCAAAGCAGCCAUCUUCAGUGCCAUGAACUCUCUCAACUCCCACCACCACGGCUCCGACGCAGACUCCACAGACUGCUCCAUGGUGCAGCCACACGGCCCCACUGGGGUCGUCACAGCAACCGACAGCGACUCCAAGUCCAACGUGCUCCGGAAGCUCCUGAAGAGAGCCAACUCGUACGAAGACGCCAUGAUGCCCUUCCCUGGUGCCACCAUCAUCUCCCAGCUCCUCAAGAGCAACAUGGCCAAGAAUGGAGGAGGAGAGAGAGGGGAGAGAGGGGAGAGGGGGGAGAGAGGGGAGAGGGGGGAGAGAGGAGAGAGAAGAGAUGGGGGGUUCCCCGGGUCGGGCCUCUCAAGUGGGGGUUCCGAAGCCCCCCAGGAGGACGCCUGCAGUAACUCGUCUCAGGACAGCCCCCAAGAGUGCCUCUCCCCCUUCGGCCGCCCCUCGGCUCUGGGUGCCUUCGACCUAGAGCGCCUCAACGAUGAGCACCUGCGGGCCAAGCGCGCCCGCGUGGAGAACAUCAUCCGAGGCAUGAGCCACUCGCCCAGCGUAGUGGUGCCUGCACGCCAUCACGGAGAGCGGGAUCGUGAACGGGAACAACGUGAACGGGAGAGGGAGCGAGAGAUGGACGGGAACAGGGAGAUGGAGAUGGAAUGCCCCCCACAGCCGCCUAGCCCCAGAGGAGAGGUGUGCAGCCGGGAGAACAAGAGGAAGCAGCGCCUGCCCCAGCAGCAGCAGCAGAGCUUCACCCAGCUGGUGUGCCAGCGUAAAGAGCAAAAGCAGGAGGAGCGCAGGCAGCUGAAGCUGCAGCUGGAGGACAUGCAGAAGCAGCUGCGCCAGCUGCAGGAGAAGUUCUUCCAGAUCUAUGAUUCCACCGACGAUUCUGAGCACGACCUGGCUCACGACCUGGGCAACAUGUCUGAGGACAGCGCCGGGAGGUCCGAUGCUGGGGGAGAUGACCGGGCAGACCGCUCCGACAACGAGAUGUCAGACCUGGACCCAGGACACUUCCUGGACCGGGCCAGGGCAUUGCUCCAGGAGCAGGCCCUGCUUGCGGAGGGUAACAAGCCCAGGAGAGAGGGGCUGGUCCGGGGGAAAGGUCCUGGUCAGGGUCCUUCCUCCUCCAUGCACCAUGCGGAGGGCAAGCAGCUGGCUGAGACGCUGAAACAGGAGCUCAACUCAGCCAUGAACCAGGUGGUGGACACGGUGGUCAAGGUAUUCGCCAAGCCCCCGCGCCCCGCACCCCCCCAGGUCUUCUCGCCCCUCCCCAUGCCCCCAGAGAGGUUCGGGGUCAACGGUGAGGGCCCCAACUUCCACACAGCCAACCAGCGCCUGCAGUGCUUUGGUGACGUCAUCAUUCCCAACCCCCUGGACUCGUUCGGUGGCAUGCCCAUGCCUGGCGCCAACGACCAGACAGAGGCGCUGCCCCUAGUGGUGAGGAAGACUCAGACAGAACACCAUCACCAGUCCUCAGCUGUGGGCGCCCACGGGGGCCACCACCACCCUUCCCUGCACCCCUCCUCCCUCUCUGCCUCCAUGGGAUUCAGCCCCCCGUCUUUCCGCCACCCCUUCCCCCUGCCUCUCAUGGGCUACCCCUUCCCGAGCCCCCUGGGCCCACCCUCCGGGGGUUACCCAGGGAAGGAUCACUCCUCCCCAGACUCCAUGGACCUGUCCAGGGAGACCACCAGCCUGCGGACCAAGAUGUCUUCUGUGCAUCACAUGGGACACCACCACAGGUCGCUUUCUCCCAGCCACCCCGGGAGCACUGCAGAGGGGCUCUCCCUGUCCCUCAUUAAGUCAGAGUGUGGAGACAUGAGCGACAUGAACGACAUCUCACCAUACUCAGGCAGCACCAUUCAGGAGGGUCUCUCCCCCAACCACCUGAAGAAGGCCAAGCUCAUGUUCUUCUACGCCCGCUACCCCAGCUCCAACAUGCUCAAGAUGUUCUUCUCCGACGUCAAGUUUAACCGCUGCAUCACGUCCCAGCUCAUCAAGUGGUUCAGUAACUUCCGGGAGUUCUACUACAUCCAGAUGGAGAAGUUUGCCCGGCAGGCCAUCAACGACGGUGUCACCGGGGUGGAGGAGAUGAGCGUCAGCCGCGACUGCGAGCUCUACCGAGCCCUCAACAUGCACUACAACAAGGCCAACGACUUUGAGGUUCCAGAGAGGUUCCUGGAGGUGGCUCAGAUCACGCUGCGUGAGUUCUUCAAUGCCAUCGUGGCAGGCAAAGACGUGGACCCAUCUUGGAAAAAAGCCAUUUACAAGGUGAUCUGCAAGCUGGACAGCGAUGUGCCCGAGGUCUUCAAGUCACCCAACUGUCUCCAGGAGCUUCUACAUGAGUAACCAUCCCUGCUCCGCCCCCCCCCCCCCCCCCCCCCCCCCCCCCCCCCCGCCCGACGCUUUCUGCUUUUUCAGAUUUUCAUAUUUUUAUUUCUUUCCCUAUUCUAUGAUUUUCCUGUUUUUUUGUUCAUGUAUGAAGUAUGAAGUAGCAUUCCGCCCCAUCUGAAGCCUCCUGGCCUGUUCCUAAAUGAUCUAACUAUUGUGUUGUUGUUAUUCCCAUGAUUAGGAUUAUUAUUUGUUUUUUAAAUGAUUCUGCUGAUCUGAAGAGACGUUGAUCCUAUUGGGUGUUUUGGACUGUGUGAACCCUGACCUUUCUGCCCUGAUUGACUAGAAACACUAGGGAGGGAUCCCCACUAUGCGCAGGGAGGGGCUUCCCACUAGCCUGUACCCUACCUACUCUAAGGAGGACCCUACAAUCCUAGUGUGGUCACCAAUAGACUUUGGCCACUACACUACAGAGGAGCCCUAUGUUACUGGGGUGCUCAAUAGGCUCACCCCACUGUGCAAGGUUGCUCCCUAAUAGGUGGUUCCCACUACUAUGGCUGUCCCAGGGAGGACAACACACUACACCAUGCUGCCUGCAGCCUAAUGACUUUAUUACCUGCUGGACAAUACUGGACUACUAGUACUGGUCUGGACUGGUAUACUGGUCUGGACUGGUAUACUGGUCUGGACUACUAGUACUGGUCUGGACUGGUAUACUGGUCUGGACUGGUAUACUGGUCUGGACUACUAGUACUGGUCUGGACUGGUAUACUGGUCUGGACUGGUAUACUGGUCUGGACUGGUAUACUGGUCUGGACUACUAGUACUGGUCUGGACUACUAGUACUGGUCUGGACUGGUAUACUGGUCUAGACUGGUAUACUGGUCUGGACUGGUAUACUGGUCUGGACUACUAGUACUGGUCUGGACUGGUAUACUGGUCUGGACUGGUAUACUGGUCUGGACUACUAGUACUGGUCUGGACUGGUAUACUGGUCUGGACUACUAGUACUGGUCUGGACUGGUAUUCUGGUCUGGACUACUAGUACUGGUCUUGACUGGUAUACUGGUCUGGACUACUAGUACUGGUCUGGACUGGUAUACUGGUCUGGACUACUAGUACUGGUCUUGACUGGUAUACUGGUCUGGACUACUAGUACUGGUCUGGACUGGUAUACUGGUCUGGACUACUAGUACUGGUCUUGACUGGUAUAGUGGUCUGGACUACUAGUACUGGUCUUGACUGGUAUACUGGUCUGGACUACUAGUACUGGUCUGGACUGGUAUCAGCCACCUAAUGAGCUCUACCAUGAUGUUUUUGAAGUGUGUUUUCUGCGAGUAGGGUAUUGUGUUUAUUGAGUGUAUAUUAUUCUUAUUCUUGUUGUUGUUAUUAUUAUUAUUUGUCAUCAUUGCUUGCUAAAGAUUGGCACAGAUUUGUUUGUCUCUUGACAACGUUACAGAAAAUAAAUUAUUAUUAAUAUUCCGAAAGAGUAUAAAUUCUCUACAUAUAAUUACUUUUCUCUGAGCAAUUUAGCCACAAGCCUCUUUCUCAUUUCAUACCCCCCCCCCCUGUCUGUUUGUGUGGGUCCAAGUUGUGUUUGAUCUUCUCUGCUGAUAAGGCAGACACUGGCGGAGGGAGUAGGCCUCAGUCCUGAGUCUCAAGUAAAAACAGAAGGGGAACAUGAGUCUCAACCCUAGGCUUUACACAAAUAGAAAACAAUGCUGUAAAAUUGAAGGUCUGUGGGCAGCGGCACACACACACACAUACACACACACACACACACACACGUACACACACACACACGCACACACACACAU